AUCGAGGUGAGACGGGUUGGCAUCUUCAGCCUGUCGGGGACUUUGGACACCAGUCGGCAGAUAAUGGUAAUGGGAAUGCCCACCGCUGUCAUGGAUGAACCCACGCCCCGCGACAUCAGCAUGGUCUUCGUCAAGCAGUACUACACGCUGCUGAACGAAGCGCCCGACCAUGUGCACAGGUUCUACAGCCAGGACUCGAGCUUCGUGCACGGCGGUCUGGAGCGCGGCAAGCAGUCGGAGACCAAGACUGCCCGCGGCCAGAAGGAGAUCAACGACCGCAUCCAGAAGCUGCAGUUCAAGGACGCCCGCACCAAGAUCAAGCAGGUGGACGCUCACCCGACGCUGGCCGGCGGUGUCGUCAUCCAGGUGUCGGGCCAUCUCUCCAACAACGGCGCCCCGAUGCGGCCCUUCAUGCAGACGUUCGUGCUGGCACCGCAGACCGCCCACAACUACUACGUCUACAACGACAUCUUCCGCUACCAGGAUGACCUGUUCUCCGAUGAUGAGGAGGCCGGCGACGGCGCGGCUGAGGCGGACGACGAGGCUGAGCCGGAGCCCGUCUCCAACGAGCCCAAGACGUACGCCAACCUGUUCAAGGCCUCCUCCGGGCGCCCCGCGCCGCCCCGGCCCGCCGAGAAGAUCUUCGUUGGCAACCUGCCUCCCGACAUCAGCGACCAGGAGCUCAUCAACCACUUCAACCCCUUCGGCGAGGUGGUGGACGUCAAGAUCUACUCCAGCAAGCCACCGCCCAAGGGUGUCCCGCCGCGUACCUACCCCAACUACGGCUUCGUCAUCUUCGACUCGGCCGCGACCGUGCAGAAGGUGCUCGCUGAUAUGCCGGUCAGACUGUCGCGCCAGGGCGACGAGGGCCACCGCCUGAACAUCGAGAAGAAGCAGCAGCAGCAGCGGCAAAUUCGCCGCGCCUGA